UCAUGUUCCCCUUUAAGCGCAUUAUAAAUCUCAUGAAGACCUCACUCAUAGCCUUUUCCUACAUUUGUUUUGCCUUGAUUGGCAUAACAACUUCUGCAGCAGUACCUGAACCAGUGCUUGACACCUCAGGCCAGAAACUAACAACAGGUGUCAAGUACUACAUUUUGCCUGUCGUAAAAAGUGGAGGGCUAACACUUGAAAGCACAGGCAACAAGUCCUGUCCCAUUAGUGUGGUUCAAUCGAAGUUUAAAGAUGGGAAUGGAGACACAGUUACCUUCACACCCUACAAUGCUAAAGAUGGUGCCAUCCUCACCUCAACAGAUCUCAACAUCAUAACUACUCCCAUUAAAUCUCCCUGUGGCCCAUCCUUUGUGUGGAGGCUUCUCAAAGAGUCAACUGGGUUGUGGUUUGUGGCUCUUGGUGGUGUUGAAGGAAAUCCAGGUGCUGAUACUAUUGUCAAUUGGUUCAAGAUUGAGAAAGCUGGCAAACACUACGUGCUUUCUUUCUGUCCCUCAGUCUGCAAAUGCAAUACUCUAUGCAGGGAACUUGGGAUAUAUGUUGAUGGUGUGGACAAGCAUUUGGCUCUCAGUGAUAAAGUCACACCCUUUAAAGUCAUGUUCAAAAGGGCUCAAGUUUAAAUUUCCAGAAAUCACCAAGCUAGCUAGAAAUGAAUAAAAGUAGUUGAUACUUGAUACUACUAUAGUCUAGCUAGAAAUCAAUUUCAAUUAUGUUCUGCUCAUCUACUGCACAACAUGUGCCUUUGCAUGUAAGCUUUGGUGUAAUCAGUGAUCAGUGAUAUAAUCACCCCCUUUAUCAA